CUACUCUACUAGAGCCAUCUUAUUUUUAUCCACCGCUGAUGGAAUCUGGCAGGCCUGAGUUAUUAUACCUGCUCAAAUUACAGAUGGCCAGGCAUAAGUUCGGAAGAUAUAUUUCCAAAAAAAAGUUAUGGGGAGAACCGGAUGAGAUGAGUCUGAGUUGGUGCAAAGGCAGUCAAGUCAAUCUACCACUGUCCACAUAUCUUACACACCCCCUAAUAUUUUAUUACAACGAAGAACCAAAUCAAAAGAAAAGCACAAAUAUACAACACUUCUUAGAUCGAUACUUGGAACCCAGAAGAGAAAUCAGUCUUGAUUGGCCCAAACAGAUCACACUGUUUCAAAGCUCUACACAAGCCCCCAAUGGCCAUGGAUAUCCAGAACACCAAACUUCAACUACUCCUCUUUGUUUCUGCUCUCAUUCUCCUCAGUUUCACAGCUGAAAAAUGUAGGCAGUUGGUUGGUAAUGACGCCUCAUCACAAAGUGGAAAAUUUACUUUUCUAAACUGUUUUGAUGGGAGCACUGGAACAAUGGCGUGUGCAGUGAAGGAGGGUGUGAAGCUUUAUGUUAACACCAUCAGAUCGUCUCAUGUUGAGAAAGCCAGGCAUAAAGCAAUUGAGGCUGCUCUAAUUGAUGCACUGUCACAAGGUUUGAAUGCUAAAGAUGCAGCUUUACAAGCUCAGCAAGAGGGAAAAAAGGCUGCCAAACUGGCAACCCGAAAAGCCAAACGCAUAUUAGGACCCAUAAUUUCGUCUGGGUGGGAUUUUUUUGAGGCAAUAUACUACGGGCGGACAAUAACAGAAGGCUUGCUUAGGGGGACUGGCACUCUAGUUGGAACUUAUGCUAUUGGAUUUGUUGGCGAGCAAAAGUUUGGAAGAUUUGGUUAUCUUGUGGGAAGCCAAUUUGGAAGUUGGGUUGGAGGAAGAGUUGGGCUAAUGGUAUAUGAUAUAGUGAAUGGCGUAGGUGUCCUCCUUCAGUUUACUGAGACAAUGGAGACUAUAUCAUCUGACAAUGUCCCAGAUUCUGAAGCUAAAGAUUAUGUCACAUCUGUGCUAGAAUCUGCACAGCCACCUGAAGGGGGGAAUAUCUUGAUUGAUAUAAUCUCUAAUCUAGUGUCUCAGAUAUUUCCGGAGACUCCAUACGAUUCAGACAAGAAUUCAGCAUCUGGCACUGAAAGUUCCAAACCUGUUGAAGAUUCCUACACCUAUGAAAAUCUCCCUGAAACUCAGGAGCACACCGAUGACUAUGAGUCCACCACUUAUGAAAGCUCUGAAACACGUGAAGAACUUUAGAUAACAUGGAACCAGGUGACUUUCACAUUAUAUUUAUUGUUAAAUUGUGUUAGUGAAUGUAAACUAGAUAUAUGAGCUCCUGAUUUCGCUGUAUAUGUAUUCAGGAUAGUGGUACCAUAAAGAUGAGUGAGGCUGGUCAAGUACUUGCUCUAAAUCAUAUGAACAUUCAUGAAAAUUCCCACAUUCAUAGACCUGCAGGUGCUGCUUGUAACUUUAAAACUCUCCCCAGCCAAAAUGUAUUUCCUCUACAAUCUACGUUUGCAUACAUAUGUAAAGAUUUGCUAGAUAGAUGACCAAGACUGAUACUCGAAAGCCGCUAUCAUUCCUCCAAAAUUGUUUACCGAGUGGAUGAAGCUUCUUAUGCAUAAUCUAUAGUCUGAGAUUGAUUUUAUUUGUUUCAAGUGUUAUGUAUAGGAGCUUGAAUUCACAUAAUCACAUGUCACAUGUCUUUGUAUUGAAGUUCCAAAUCAUUGAAGCAUUAGAGUUCAGGAUAGGCAAUAAGUUAAGAUGUCCCUUUGAGAAUUGAAGAGCUAGAAGUAGAAUGAGAUUGCCUUGUCUUGGUUUUUAUAUGAUACGGUUCGCUGUUGCCUGACUAAUGUACUAUACUACAUUAUAAACAUCAAUAUCACAUAUCUUUCUGAUUAUGAAA